AUGAGUGGUUUUAUCUGCUUAUCUUGUCUAGUCGCUGAAGUUGGGCUCCGUGCUCAUGCUCUUCCCUCUUUUCGUCGCUCUCUCACUACUGCCCAUGUGAACUCUGAACCAACAAAUCCAUCUGUAAUAGUUAACAUAAAAUAUCCCCCUCCAACGCAGGGAAGCGGGACGAUUUCGGCAACCCCAGGAAGCGGUAAAAAACCAAAGAAAAAGGCUCAUAAACCGAAGAAAGCCGGAAAAGUUGACAAUGUCAAGGAACAAGCAAACGCGAACCCCUCUCUUGGAAGACAUUUGGACAGUAAAACAGCUGUCAAACCGCGAAAAAAAAAGGCCGUGCAUGCACCUGCAAAACCACAGCCGAGGACAUCUCCUAAUCGACCCAGAAAAGAUCGGCCCGCAGCAAAUGGAGAAUAUCGCUCCACCGAGGUCCCCGCGAAAAAAGCGGGAGAAGCACCCCCAAGCAACAGGUGGCACACAAAGCGGCAUUCUGGAGUCGACAAGUUUAUCAUUAACCCCCCUGGUGUUUACCAUCUUCAGGACCCGAGGACGCGAGUAUACAACUUUGAUCCCUAUCUGGGAUCGAUCAUGCCCGUCAAGGAAUUCGACUUCUCCGCACUCAAUGAGUACAUAACUUCCUCCCGGGAUGACGGGCUGCGCGAGUUGGCCGUUUGCCACGGCAAGAAGUACAUAGGGUCUUCUUCAAGCAUGACAUCUGUGCUGUCACAUUUCCACUAUUUGCUGUCCGCCUGGCGGCCCUUGAACACUAGUUCUCUUUCACAAGGUUUUUCAGACGUAGCAAAGAACUUCACAAAGAUCUUGCGGGCGCCGUCCGCCGUCUUUUUACGUUAUAAGGAUGGCGUUUACGCUAUCGAUGCGGACAAGGAAUACGACAAUGCGAACAUUCUGAUGAACCUGGGCAGGUCAAUGGAGAAACUACUUACUAUGCCUACGGAAGAGUUCGAGCGAUACCGGCGAUCGAGUACCGACAAAGUUAAGCCUGACACUGUUUCGCCUGAAACUUAUCAUUAUACCACCUGCGGCAACUUCCUUAUGAGGGCACAGCUAGAUGCCUAUGACCCCCGGCUUCCAGGCACCGGCAUGUUUGACUUGAAGACUCGUGCUGUGGUAUCGAUCCGGAUGAAUACGAAGCACUACGAUCGUGGGCUUGGGUACCAAAUUAAAGGCCGAUUUGGGAAAUGGGAGUCAUUCGAGCGCGAGUACUUCGACAUGAUCCGCGCGGCGUUCCUGAAAUAUUCCCUCCAGGUCCGCGUCGGUCGUAUGGAUGGCAUCUUCGUUGCUUUCCACAACAUUGAACGCAUCUUCGGCUUCCAAUAUGUCAGCUUGCCCGAAAUGGACCUGGCCCUUCAUGGUCAAACGGACACUGCCCUCGGCGACGCGGAGUUUCAACUCAGUGUCUCCCUCUGGGACAAAGUUUUAGCCAAGGCUACAGAAAAAUUCCCCAACCAAUCGCUGCGCUUCCAUUUUGAGACCCGUGAGACUCAAAUACCCUGCAUGUAUGUAUUUGCGGAGCCCGUGACGGAGGAGCAAAUCGAAGAGAUUCAAAAUCGCAAUAAGGCGGAAAUUGAGAAUGUCCAAAAGAAACUAUUAUUCCCCGACGAACUCGAGCAGGAAGGUGAAAAUGCACUGGGAAAGGAAGGGACAUCCCUUCAAGCAUCAUCAUCGGAAACUAGCGCUGAGGCUGGUGCAUCGGCGUCAGGAAUUGCGGAUGACGCUCCAGAGAAGGAAAUUUCUGGAGGAAAAGCGGCAGCCGACUUCCAUACUGGCGAUCCCGUGGACCCCUGCACAAAACCAAUAUUUGCCAUGGCCAUAACGAUCCAAAGCAAGGUAAAUGGCAAGCCCGUUGAGCGACCAACUUUUUUCUCUUCCAAAGACAAAUGGGAUAUAGAGUAUACAUUUACUAUGUUCAAUAAACCGGAUCGCGCGUGGGCAACCUACUCAGCAUGCCAGAGACGGAGGGAACUUAGUCUUGGCCUUGACGACGAUGAGACCAUCGAAGAUAACGCGUAUCAGAUCCAAUUGCAAAGGAUUAGCCAGGAAGGCAGGGCAUGGCGCAAACGGCAAGAUAAGAUGGAGGAAGAGACAGGGACUAUUGUUCUACAAUAG